AUGUCUUUAAAGGAUAUUGUUAAAUCUCUUGCCACUAACACUUUGCAAUUUCAGCAGGAGACGAGGGCCAGUAUCCAACGUUUGGACAAUCAGAUGGGCCAGAUGGCAACCACAAUUAGUUGGUUAGAGGCGCAGAGUUUGGGGAAAUUACCCUCUCAAACGGUUGUGAAUCCAAAGGAAAAUGUAAGUGCAAUCGUUUUGAGAAGUGGUAAGGAGGUUGAGACUCCAGCAAAGGCAGCCCCUGCAUUGUCAAAGCAAGAAAAGGAGAAAGACAUCAUUCCCAAUGACGAUGAAGUACCCAAGUGUAAAUUUCCAACUCUUUCUGAUUAUAAACCGGUACCUCCUUUUCCUCAUGCUUUGGCAGAAUUUAGAAAAGAUGAGCAGUUCAAAGAUUUUUAUGAAACUUUUCGUAGAUGCGAGAUAAAUAUUCCCCUAUUAGAUGCUAUUAAACAAGUACCUCAUUAUGCUAAAUUCCAAAAAGAAUUGUGUACACAUAAGAGGAAACAAAAACUGAAAGGAUGUGAGAAUGUGAGAGUAGGGGAGAAUGUUUCUGUAGUCAUUCAAAGAAAACUCCCUGCAAAGUGCAAAGAUCUAGGUAUGUUCACUAUCCCUUGCACGAUAGGUAACAAUAGAAAUGAGAAGGCCAUGUUAGACUUAGGAGUUUCUAUCAAUGCCAUGCCAUAUUCUAUAUAUGCUUCUUUGAAACUUGGACCUAUGAAUAAAACUGGUAUUGUGAUUGGAUUAGUUGAUAGAUCUAAUGCCUACCCUAAGGGUGUAGUUGAGGAUGUUCUUGUGAAAGUUAAUGAUUUGGUUUUCCCUACUGAUUUCUACGUGCUUGAUAUGGAUAAUAGUGAUCAAACCACUCCUAUUUUGCUAGGGAGACCAUUCUUAAAGACAUUCAAGACUAAGAUAGAUGUUCAUAGUGGCACACUCACCCAAGAAUUUGAUGGUAAAAUUGUUAAGUUUAAUAUUUAUGAUGCCAUGAGAUAUCCUAGUGAUGAUAAUCCUGUUUAUUCUAUAGAUAUGAUUGAUUCUCUAGCACAGGAAGUUUUUGAAUUUGAUGGGAAAGAUGGAAAGGAAAUUUCCAUUAGUAAGCAUCCUGAGAAAGAGGAAUUAACCUUGAGUUCUAAUUUGCAGGAAAUUGUUGCAGCACUGAAUGAUUCUCCAGAGUUACAAUAG